AUGUCGUCGGUGGCAAUAUUACCUCCAUUAAAGAGAACCCUCACGGAUCUUAUGGAUGAGGAAUUUUACCAAGCGCCUUCUAGCCCUGGUUCUGUUCGUGCUGAAUCGCCUGGCCCAACUCCUGGAUCUCCUCAACAAAACUUGUCCAGUUUACUCAACAUUCCUGACUCAUUUCUUGAGCAAUAUACCCGCAUGGUCAAGCCAAAUGCCACGACGUCACAAGUAAAUUUGGUCGGUGGAGUCUCGAACAUCAACAUAAAUUCCCCAUAUACCUCAAACCCUGCAUCCUUCUCCGAAUUCGGUCUGGUUAACCCUUUCACUGACUAUGCUGACCCCGAUUCCUUGACCAACCAACGCUUCGUCCAACCACAGCAACUCUCCAGAUUUCCUACCCGGAGCUCCCGCAUAACCACAUUAGAGUCCCAAGGAGGAGAUUCAAGCCAGAAGAUGAAGGAUGACUUCUUAUUCAAUACCAGCAUAGAACCUUCUCUCAUCAACGCUACUGGUGAUGACUACUUGUAUUCCGACUCGUCCUUGUUCGUUCCACAAUCAACCGAAAUUAAUAAUCAACGUAUACCUGGGUUCGAGAACGACUAUAUCGUUGAGUUCGAUGAAGAAGUGGAAGACGACGUUUCUGACGAUGAAGAUGACAGCUACUUUCAUGAUCAAGAAGAUGAAUUCGAAAUGGAUAUGGAUGUGGAUAACUACUUUAAACAAGCUCAAGGAGACCAGUUCAGAGACGACACGUUGAUGGGUGGCUUUUUGGACAACACACUCUCCGCUCCAGUCGAUCAAGAAGAUACGUUAAUGACUGAUGACAUGGAGUCUGCUCCUAGCACCACAUCUCCGUCAUUAUUCGAAACCCCAGAUAAAUCAUCACACCUUCCAUCUCCAGAUUAUUCUGACGACGAGCCUGCUAGCGAAAAGGCGGAUAGCAAACCUCGUGCAGUGGAUGUUGGUAACACUUGCACAUUGAUAAAUCCAUCAACCGGUCGCCCAUGUGACAAGCAUUUCUCUAGACUGUACGACUUGAUACGACACCAGGAAACCAUACAUGCAUCGAAGAAGAAGAUUUUUAGAUGUGUGAUUUGCGAGGGCCGUGCUAAUGGCGGUGCUGGUAACGGCCGGGAAAAGACGUUCUCUAGGGGAGAUGCGUUGUCUCGACAUAUCAAGGUGAAGCAUGGAUUGGGAGGAAAGGAAGCGGUUGAUUUGAUCAACGAGGCAAAGAUGAACGUGGAGUUUGUCAGAACCUAG